CAAUCUCUGCUCCAUUUUUAGUGUUCUGCUUUCUGCAUGUGAAAGCUCUCUCAUAUCCGUUCAUCUGUUCAUGUAGGCUUGUGUUAGGGUUUUGAUAGAGCAAUGCAUCUUCAGAUUGUGAGAGUGUUAUCAGCAGAAAAAGCUAAAAGUUAGGGUUUCUGACAUGGGGAGGAGGACCACGAUUGUUAUUUCUUCGUCGGACGAAGAAGAUAAGGGUCGUUCAUCGCAUUCGAGUCACAGCCGUUCGAAUUCGAAAUCGAGACCCUCGAUGGCUCGGACGAAUCCUAGAGGACCGAAGAAGGCUCGGCUUUCGUGUCCUCGGUCUUCGUCGUGUAAAGAAUCCAGCGCAGUUGAUGAGUUCAAGUUGUUUUAUGAAGAUUUUGAGGAAGGCUUUACUGGGUUCAAGGUAUCUGCUGCUGAUAGGAUGUGUAAACAUGAAUCGGGUUUGGGAAGCAGCAACCAGAAGGAGUUAUGGAUUGAUAAAUAUCAGCCCCAUUCUCUGGAUGAACUUGCUGUUCACAAAAAGAAGGUUGAAGAAGUUAAAGCGUGGUUUGAGGGAAGGUUGAGAGCUGCAAAGGAAGAAUUCCAUAGUCAUGUUCUUGUCAUCACUGGACAAGCUGGGGUUGGAAAAUCUGCCACUAUUCAUGUGAUUGCAUCUCAUCUUGGAGCCAGAUUGUGUGAAUGGAGCACACCUACACCCACAAUUUGGCAAGAACAUGUGCAUAAUUCUAAUUCAGGGAUAAUCUACACAUCCAAGUUGGAUGAGUUCGAAAAUUUUGUUGAGAGAACAAGAAAAUAUGGAUUGUUCCCAGCAUCCAAUGCCAGUGACUCAAAAUCUUCGAUCAUACUCUUAAUCGAUGAUCUCCCCAUGACAAAUGGAAAAGUUGCUUAUUGGAGACUUAAAAACUGCUUGCAUCUUCUUGUGCAAUCAACUCGGAUUCCCACGGCUAUAUUGAUGACUGACAAUUGUAAAUCUGACUCGAUUGACGACACUGCACGUUGUUUUGAAGAACUUCAAUUGUCUCUGGGGAGUGCUGGGGCUUAUAAGGUUGCUUUCAAUCCUAUCACAGUAAAUUCCAUUAAGAAGACACUUUCUAGAAUAUGCAGACAAGAGUUGUGUAAUGUGAAUGCUGAAGUGAUUGAUCUUAUUGCAAAAUCCAGUGGAGGUGAUAUCAGACAUGCAAUUACAUCUUUACAGUACUACUGUCUGAAACCACACCCAAUGCUUUCUUUGUCUUUUUCCAACCAUACUCCCAGAAGCAUGAAAGAAAAAUCAGAUGAGCUCAAUCAUUUGGAUGGUGAAUUUUCGUUAUCAUGUGGCAGAGAUGAUACAGUUUCUCUAUUUCAUGCUCUGGGAAAAUUUUUGCACAACAAAAGAGAGACUGAAGUUUCCAUUAUACUAGACCAAGAUGCAUUUCUUGUAAGGGAGAGAUUCACAAGAUUACCAUUAAAAAUGGAUGCUCCUGAAAAGGUUCUUUGCCAAGCACAUGUGCAAGCCAGGCCAGUUGCUGAUUUUCUACAUGAAAAUGUUCUAGAUUUUCUGAGUGAGGAAGCAAUAGAUGAUGCCUGGGAUGUGGCUUCUUACUUAAGUGAUUCCGAUCUCCUUCUUGCGACCCUUCGUGGGAUGAUAACUAGAAAUUUUGAUGCGGAGAGUCUUGUUCAAACAGCUGCUGCUUCUGUUGCUGUGCGUGGUGUCUUAUUCGGAAAUUCUCAUCCAUUGCCUUCUAGGUGGCAUGCUAUUCGACGCCCAAAGCUAUGGCAAGUUGAGCAGUCGUCAUCAGGCAAUAAGGUAAAUGAGAUAUUGAGGAUGAUGUUGAUCAGUACAUAGGUAGAUUUGAAUUCCUCUCGCUCAAGGCAUGUUAUUGGCAGGCGAAUAGAAUGCCAUCCAUAAUAAGUUACUGGAAUAUGGUAUGCCUCUUUGAUGUUGUUGUUGUACUAGUAUAGUUAUUGUCUCUUCUUUAUCGAUCUGGUUCAUCUUCGUCUAAAUAUAUUUGUUUUGGCUAUUGUUAUACUCCAAUUAUCUCCUCUUAUUUCGCUAAUAGAAUCGCUGAUGCUAUCGCCCAUCAUGCUGUGCGUGUUACUGGUGUGCUGGGUAAGUAUUGUGGAAAGGUGACAGGGAAAGGUUGUGUUAUUUUUACACUUCCCUUGCCUGACCUUUUUAAUACUUGCGGGGACCUACAAUAAUAUUUGAGAAUUAGCUACAGGACAUCACCUCCGCUUUGAUUUUAUCCCUCACUUAAAUUAUCAAAUAUUGCCAAGGAAAUAUUAUGACUUAAAUAGACUGGAAAACUAUCUUUUGUACAAUAAUGGGCUAUAUCCUAAAAAUAUACUUGGAAAGUUGUCCUGAAUUACAAUUUGCUUCAAAAUUAGCCUUCCAAAUUCAAACAUUGUUGAUAUAAUUUUUUUCCAAGUGGCCAUAUUUGACAGUUAUGUAAGGGGCAGAUAAAUGGUAAAAUCACCAAAUCUCAGCACGGACAAUGUUAUUUUUAACAUAUUAUGUGAGCCCCUGCAGUCAUGAGAUAAGUUGGGGGAGUAAAGUGUGAUUUCUCUUGUUUCAAAUGAAAAGCUUGGCAGUUCAAUGCACAAAACCCUAACAGAGGUCAUUUCAGUGGCUGCAGAGGGAACAAAUUGGUAAUACCACCGUAUUAGUGAUAACGACGGGUUCAAUUUGUGGAAGUGUAAUUUUGAUAUUUUUCUUUGUAUGAGUUGCUAUAACUGUUGUUGUUAGUUUGGUAUUAGCAUAGCAUUGCUCAUUUCUUUCUGAGGUGUUUUUUUUAAAAAAAAUAAAUUAAAUAUUAUUAUUUAACAUUUCCUGUGAAGUAUAUAGGUGAUCUUGUCGAGAAUACUGCAUGGUGCCUUGUAAUCCGAACAUUGGUUGGAGAUUAACAAUUAUUUCCUUGGAGCUUAUUACUUCACAUAGAACCUGUUUUUCUUUUAUUUAUUUAUUUUUUAUUUUAUUUAGUUCUUAAAUUUUGAAGUCACACCGACUAGUCUCUGAAAGUUGGUUGCUUGGUUUCCUGCCUCAAACUUUCAAACUCCUUUGCACUGAAAAGAGGGAAAAAAAAAAACACUUUAUGACUCACUUCAGCUUAAUCAGUGAUGAUUGCAAUCAACUUAAGAAUAUGCCAGCAGGACUCUAGUGGUUAUGCUGAUGACUACCAUAUUUUCCUCUUGUUUUCAUAUUAUUUAAUAUUCUGCUUUUGAUGU